AUGUUAAACGGUGGAAAAUAAGCGAUCUCUAAGAACUCUGGCAUGAAUUUGAAUAAGAACGAGAGCUCUGAAGAUUUGAUGCGCUAGGAACUGGACGAAGGCAGGGCUAGCUACAUGACUGAAUUCAACAUUAGGAGCCCUAACAUUCAGAAGAAGAGGAUGGAAUUCGGCAAUAGCAGCGGAACUUCUGGGUUGAUGAAUGAAUAUGUUUGGCAAUUUUCAAAGAAAAAUUAUAAUAAUCAGGAUGGGAUUACUCUCGAAACUGAUUUCACUAGACUAGACGUAAGGGUCAGCAAGAUUGCAGACAAAUGGGCGAGAUCUAUUGUCCUAGAUAAAAAGGGAAAGUUGUACCAAUGGUAGUCUUUGGGUAGAUUCGAUGAGGAUUCAAAAUAAUCCCAACAUCAGCCAAAUGAAGAAAAGUUACUGCAAGAAAUUUAGGCACAAAUAGAUGGAAAACCACUUUAACGCUAAGUCAUUAAGGACAUCGCCUGUAAUUCCAGCUGUCUAUUCCUAGCUACUGAGAAUGGAGAAGUUUUGAUUGGCAAAGUAAAAAAUCAAGAAGAUGAAAACGACAAAGUAAAUAAUAAUAAUGCAUUUGAAAAAAGACUCAACAAGAUAAGAAGUACUGACAAAAUAAGUUUCAGCUUCUUCAAGAUGAAUUCUAUCUAAUCUCACUUUAUAUCUCAAAUAUCCUGUGGAAACAACCAUGCAAUACUUUUGACCUCAUCAGGAUUUGUAUACUCUUUUGGAAAAAAUCACUUAGGUCAGCUUGGACAUCCAUCAUAGAGUGAAGAUUUAAAUGAGCCUCUAAUUAUUUUCUCACUCCUAAACUUAAAAGUGUUUUCUAUUGCUUGUGGUAAGCAUCACAACAUAGUGAUUGGAUCUUCAAGAGACACAAUGGCUUCAACAUUUUAAAUCUAUUCUACUUAAAAUGCCCUUUUUACAACUAUUGAUAAGAAUAAAACUUUAGUUUACUCAUGGGGAAAUAACACUCAUGGAUAACUUGGAUUAAACGAUACAAAUGAUAGAAAUACUCCUACUCUUGUUGAGAGUGUACUUGAUUAUAAUUUCAAGAAAGCACAUUGUGGUAGCUAUCAUUCGGGACUGCUUGAGGAAAAUGGAUGUUUAUUUAUGUUUGGUAGCAACCAAUUUGGAUAGACUGGUGUCAAUUCAGAGUAAGAUCAGUUAGAGCCAUAGUCUUUAUUUUCAUAUUAUGAGCAAUCCAACGAAGAAGGUAGCACCUAUAAGUCAAGUGGACAUCAAGAUCAGUUUUAAAUGAUCAUCACAAAAUUUAUCUUGGAUUUUAAUUGCUCCUCAAAUUCAACAAUUUGCUAUACAGACGAAUAAGAAGUAUUAUUAUGGGGAAAAAACUUUUUUGACACAAAAGAGGCAUAAAAUUUCUAUGAACCUGUAAUUCUGCUGAAAAUAGAUGAAUCUAUUCUCAAUCGAACAAGAACUGAUAGCUAAAUUGUAGAUAGGAUAUAAACUCUUAAAAACGAGGGGCUAUUGAUAUUUUCUAGAUAAAGUUAGAAAUCUGAUGUUUAGGAUCAAAGUUUUGCCAGUAGCUAUAUGAAUAGAGAUCAUUCUUUUUAAAUGAGUUAGGGCAACUCGUUUUUGAAAAAUUAAAAUUAUGGAAGUGGUAGGAAUGGUUUAUUCUAAAUGCCAUAAAAUUCUGGAUAGUAUUCAACAGGUAUUUCAUUUAACAAAGAGUUUGAAAAUCUUCUACAAUAUAUUGCAAUUACAGCAGGAAAUACAAAUAUGCCUGAUGGAAUAAAACCAAUGACUUUUAGGCCAAAUAAUUUGCCACCUAAAACCAAUGAGGAAGAAAAGCUUCAUUAAAAACUAGUAGAGGAUAACAGAAAACAAUAUCUUAAGAAGGUUCGUGACAGAGAAAAAAUGAUGGAGAAAAAAAGAGUAGAAUAAGAGAAGAGAGAAAAAAGAUUACAAGAAAUGAAAGAAAUUUGGGAAAAUGAUUUACUCCCAAAUUGGGAUUAAGUAAAAAGGACUAAAAGAGUAAGAGAAUUAUGGAUUGAAGGAUUGCCAUCAGUUAUAAGAGGCAAAGUUUGGUUCUAUGCAUUUGGAAAUAGAAAUUCAAUCUCUAAAGAUUUUUACUAUAUUAUGGCAGAUAAAGGAAAAAAACUAAGGAAAUUAUUGAAAGAAAUCACUAUUGUUGAUUAAGAGAUAAUUGAUAAUGGCGGUUAACCACGGACAGGAUAUGGCUCAUCUGACAAAGAAAAUGAAAAUUUAUAGUCAUCAGGAUUGCUUACUGAGGAAUAAAAGUUAAAGUAAGGAUAAUAAGCAUAAUUUGGAUCGCCGAAACUAUAAGAACUAAACCAGAGAUAUGAUAAAUUAAGAAAUAAAUUAAACUUUUUAAUCGGUAUCGAAAACUAGACUAUUUAGAACAGAGAAAGAAGUAUUAGUAUAAUAGAGACUGAUCUACCAAGGACCUUCCCCUUACUUGGACUAUUCAAACAGGGAGGUAUGCACUAUGAAUAACUAUAAAGAAUACUAGAGGCAUUCACAUUACAUAGGCCAGAUAUUGGUUAUGUGUAAGGAAUGUCUUACGUAGCAGCUGCUCUACUUUUAUACAUGGAUGAACACUCUGCUUUCAUUACUUUUUGCAAUAUGAUCACUAAAUAUCCUAUAAUGCCCUUCUAUACAUUCAACGAAAUAUAAAUAAGAAAGCUCCUACAGUUAUUUAAACAAGUAUUCCAACAUAAUCUUCCAGAUCUUUGUGAACACCUUGAAUCUGAAAAUAUAUAACCAAAAUAAUACGUCUAUGAGUGGUUUAUGACAGUAUUUACGAGAGCGUUAAAUAUUAGUUUACUCAGCAGAGUUUGGGAUUUCUACUUUUUGGACGGAAUAUUCGUCCUUUUCCAAACUGCAAUAGCCAUUUUAAGAAUACUGGAGAAACCACUAUUGCAGCAAGAUUUUGAAGGAAUCAUGAAAAUUAUCAAAAACGUAUCCGAUUAUGUUAAUGAUGAAGAGGAAUUAGUAAGCUUCAUUUAUGAUGUGAGUUAUCCAAAGUGGAUAUACGAUGAGCUACCGAAGCUAGAAUUCGAAUUUUUGAACACAGUCGUCUAAGAAGAAAGCAGUAAAAAGGGACCGAUAGACCAGGUAAAUUUGUCCAAGAGCAAGCAAAUGCUUAAGAGGUAUAUCGCCGAAAUGGGAAGCAUUAAAGAGGGCAAGGGACUGAGCUACCCUGAAAGGCCAUCUCACUAAAGUCAGAUCAAAAUAGUAGCUCCUAAGCCUGUUAGGGCGAGACCUCUCGCGGUAAAUCACAUGACUCAAUUCAAAUGGAUCGAAACUUCACCAGUCAAGAGUGAAAAUACUGAUUUAUCGAUUGCAAUUUAAGAAGAGAAGAGUAAAAACAUUUCUUAAGAAACUCAAUUGAAAGUUGAUACUCAUAAUAAAAUGCCGAGAUUAAACUUUUAAAUUGAAUAAAAUUUGAGUUACGAAGAUGAAUCCCUUCAGAUAAAAAGCAAAGGCAACAACUCACCAAUGAGCUAGCUUCAAUCUAUCAUGGAAGCUGAGCAAGAACUCAAUGAAAUAUUCUCAAAGAAUAAGAAUGGCAGAAACAAUGACUUUAGCAGCGGUAGUUUUCGUUUAGCACCACCAUAAUGGAGCCCGAACAAGAAUUGUGAUUCAUUUUAAAUGGAUAAUUUAAAUUCAACAAAUGACAGCUAGAUCUCUCAGAGUACAGCUGGAUUUUCUAAGUUCGGCCACUUCAAGGCACCCAUUAAGAGGCCAUCUCAAAACACUAACAGCAAUUUCUAAUUCAAUCCUAAGAAUUCACUCAUUGGUGGUGGAGUCCAUUGCAAUUCGCAAGAGAUGAUUCCCUCAUCAAGAGUUUCACAAGGAAUGAUGAACACCUAAGAUUCCUAGAACUGUACAAACUAUAUGUUUGCAUUCUCUCAAACAACUUCGCCAACAGCAUACUCCAAUGGAAUAAAUCCAUUUUCAUUCGUUGAACAGCAUUCGGGGGCAUUUUCAAUGAAUAAUCAGAGCUGGUUAAAUGGUAGCAUUUAUCAUCACUAAUAAUAUGAUUAACAGCAAUAACAACAAUUCGCUCAUGUGAAUUCUCACAUGCAGCAAAACAACUAUAAUGACUCAUUGUAAAUGUAAGCAUAGCAGCAGCAUUAUAACCUUUAAUAACAAUUCUCAUCUCUAAACAUAUCAAAUUCAGCCCCUGAGUUUAAAAACAACUACCUCUAGCAUUAUUCCGCACAUUACUCGAUACAAAACACAGAAUACCAAUAGGAUAACUUAGGUAUGUAGUAGUAACAUCUUAACCCAUAACAAUACUUAACCUAAACUCAAAUUGAUUAUGAUAAUCAUCAUAAGAUUUGUUUGAGUGAUAGGUCACACCAUCCUUAGGCAUAUGCUAGCUACUACCAGAAUUGUAUCACUACUGGGACAAAUUAAGUGACUCACGCCUCUGCCAUUGAUUCUAAUUUACAAAAAGAAUUCAUGCAUUAAUCUUCUAGCACAGUACUUUAAAGAUCUCGAAUGAUGAAUUAAAGUAUUUAACAGUCGAAGCAAGAAACUUUUUGA